AGUCUCUUCCAAACGUGGUGGUAGCCAAAGCACAUCUGAGAGCUUAAAAAAAAAUUGAGCAAUUGAAGAAAAACGAGACUCAUUUGAAAAUUGCAGGUGUAAUGGAACGUACAACAGAAAUGACGGGAAAUUGUGAAAAACUUAAAUAAAUCAAGGAAGAACCUGAAAAAUGACCCAAUGUUAUAGCAAACUUCCGCAAUCAAAUUUUAAAUUAAGCUGUCGCCGACAACAUAUAAGAUUCAAUGGAGUCUCAGAACAAUCGUACCAGCUAUCCCAACAUUGACACAUUUGAAUUAACCAGUGAGUAUGUGUCGUUCCUCGAGCAGUUCAAUCCGAAUAUUCAGGAGAAUAUUGUUAGUGCGUUCAACAAUGAAAUGGCACGCAAUCACCGAAGAAAAAAUUUUAUCAAAACCGUCCAUAACUUAGACACCAUAUUGUUAUCGCUAGACAACACGAAAAUUGAACUGAGCAAAUUGACUCUCGAGUGGCUGCCGGACUUUAAAGUGAUUAACUUAGGCGUCAAUCUAUGCAAACUUUGCCUGGACAUCGAUUUCAAAUUGGAUGAUUUACCGGUCAGCGGAAACUAUGAAGUCAACAAUGUUGCUCUUCAGAACGUCCUACCCGUGUCAAGUAAUGGAGCCAUCACUGUAGUGUACACGGAUGUGACAGUCAAAGGCAGAGUAGGCCUCCUCAUUCAGGGAGACUCGUUUGUUCCUGAAAACUAUGAUGUGGAUUAUACUUGGAAUUCUGAAGUUUCGGUGAGUUAUUUCAUCAAUAGAGAUACCAAAGUGGAGGCGAAAGUCACGCGUCCAACAGAUGAUCAAAUCAUAGCAAAAACUAUCUGGACUCAGUUGAAGGAGGUUUUGACCACGAUAUUGAAAGAUCAGCUAAAAGGUGUGGUGGUCGAAUACUCCGUUCAGGAAUCUCUAGCAGAUGAAGAUGAGAAAUUAAGGCAAUUGGCCCAAUCUCAAUUAACCAAAGCCAACGGUCUGUUCGACACCCUGCUGUGCGCUGCCAAAGAUUAUUUAGUUGCCAAAGACUUGAGGACUAUCGAAACGCCACCAUUUGAGGUGCUGUAUAGAGGGAAAUUGUCUAGUACUGAAACGGGAUUAUUUGAAUCGGGCAACGGGUACAUUAAGGAUCUCUCCACUCUAAGCCGAUUAUCGGACUUAAGUUUGUUUGAAGACGAACGUCAGCUGCUCGUUUAUGGAACUCUAGGCAUGAGGGAGUUUAAGCACGGUUAUGAUUCAUUCAAGACAAAGUUCGAAGACAACGAUCUGACUGGCAGCCUCAAAGCUCAAGUGCGCGGCACCGAAAUAUUUGUGAAACUUUCGUUCGAGAAGAGCGAAGAAAGCCCGCAGAAAACUAAAGUGGAGAAAAUUGAAACGAGAUUACUCAGAGACACAGCUAUUGAUACCUCAGGAUUGGGAUCUCUAAGUUGGUUAAUUCCAACAACUCAAUCGUGGGUGCUGGGCCAUCUGCGGUCUACUUCUAUGGACAUUCUACUCAAGCAAAUUGAAGCAGCUUUCAGCUAUGCGAUCGAAGCAGAGAUGAAAAAGACGACAACAACUGGCAGUGACGGCGACAACAGCAGACUUUUUUGGAAAAACAUUUUUUCAAAAUAGGUAUUUCCAAUUUUCUUAUAAUUUUUUUUGUUAAUUAUUUAAAGUACAUUGUGUGGUAAUAAAAUCCUGGAAGUUUCAA